GGCACACUCGAGGACAUCAUUCCUUCCGCUUUGGGAGACCGAACUCAGGCACGACAAUAAGAAGUGGCUGAUAAGCCUGUAGCCGAAGGACGAGAUACUUUGUACAUAUGUCUCAGAAUACUGCACGUGAAGUCAAUGCCUCUCGUGCACCAUCACUUGAAGAACUGCAAGGAUGGCAAUAGCAUCAUUGGGAAAGGGCACGAAGCUCGAUGCUGCCGAAGUUCGAGCACUUGUCAAGGCUGUCGGGCUAUCGAUAUCCGAUAGUGCAAUCGAAGACUGGCGCGUUCUUCUGGGAUCGUUUGAAGACUGUGCACAGCUCGUGUUGGAAGACGACGACGGGCUGCCGAUCCCUGAUCCAGAUCGGUAUAUCAGGACAGACAUUCAGAUUCCAGAGAACAACGAGAAAGGCGGGUGGGCGACACGAUGUUCCGUCAAGAGUGCCGCUCCUACGAGCGCUUUACUGGCCGGACGCACGCUGGCAGUGAAGGACAACAUUGCCCUUGCCGGCGUCAGAUGUACAAAUGGACUUCCGCCUGUUAAUGGAGAGUGGAUUCCCACGUACGAUGCCACUAUCGUGACUCGAGUACUGGAUGCUGGCGCCAUGAUCACGGGCAAAGCAACGUGCGAAAAUGCAUGUAUGGAACCGAUCUCUAAUACUUCAUACACCGGCGUCGUCCAUAACCCUUUCGCGGAUGGUUAUACGUGCGGAGGCUCUAGUAGUGGUUCGGGAAGAUUGGUCGCGAUCGGCGCAGUAGAUAUGGCACUGGGAGGUGACCAGGGAGGGUCGAUUCGCAUUCCAGCUGCGUUCUGUGGCAUUGUCGGCCACAAGCCAACUUGGGGCCUGGUUCCCUAUACCGGCAUCCUGGGUCUCCAAUCCGUGAUCGACCAUACCGGGCCCAUGACGGCCACAGUCCGAGACAACGCCCGCCUCCUUGAAGCCAUCUCCGGCCCAGAUGGAAUCGAUGAUCGGCAGCCGUUUUUCAUGGCUCCGGAAUCUUUGCGAUUCUCCAGCUCGCUGGACGAAUUCCUCUCUGCAGGUGCCGCUAAGCCCCGAGACCAGCUUCUGAAGGGGUUCAAGGUGGGAGUCCUCAAAGAAGGGUUCACUGGCAAACAAAUGAACCCGAACGUCGCCACGGCAUGCCACUCGGCCAUCUCGGAUCUCAAGGAAAUGGGCGCCGAAGUCGUCGAGGUCUCGGUGCCGAAUCACGAGCAUAUCUGCAUCAUAUGGAUGUGUGCCCUGCCGCUGCGUGGCGGUCGAGAAGCGCUCCUCGGCGACACCACAGGGCGCAAACAGCUGGAGCUGACAGAUCGCGGGACCGCGGCCGCUCCGGCCAUGGGGCCCAGUGAGAAGGCCCUGCUCUCGCAAGAGUUCUUUGACGCCCUGGGCCCGGGUGCUCAGAACCUCUACAUGAGGUAUCUGUACGUGAACGACAAGUACGGCGCGGGCUUGCACGCCAAAUGCACCAACCUCCUGAACAAAGCGACACAGGCGUACGACGCGGUCCUUGGCUCGGUCGACGUGCUGGUGAUGCCCACCGUGCCGAUGCCGGCGUUCCCGUUUCCCGGCGGACCGGACAACAGCACGGGGCGCUUCCAGGGGGGCCCUCUCGAGAGCCUCUCGUAUCCGUUAGGUGUGCUCAGCAAUACGGCCCAGUUCAAUUCCACCGGCCACCCAGCCCUGUCUCUGCCCGUGGGCUUUGUGCCUGCUCCGGACAAUCCGGAUGUCAAGUUGCCCGCGGGACUCCAGAUUGUCGGCAAACGCUUCGAGGACUUGACGUGCUACAAGGUGGCGGCGGCGUGGGAAGAGCACAAGGACUGGAAAACUCUGCUGUUCGCGCAGUAGGACAUAAGGCAGUGCGAAAUGGUGCACCGAAGAGAAAGUCGGUGUACUACAUGUCACAAAAUGUUCGAAAAUCUUUACAGCGAUUUCUCCAAGUGAUGCUCACCGCUCGAUUUGGACUGUCUCCCAUUCUCAAUUGCCUGUCCUUCGCAUUUAUUUGUGCCAGACUCACACAUGUUGUGUGCGCUUAGUCCCACGGCAGCAAGCUCAAAGGAUCUCC